GCGACAAGCACUGGCAAAAUUGGGAAUAGGUGCGGCCGACUCGGCGGUUUCACUGCAGAUAUUUAGUGUUUUGGGGUGAUGAACUUCAACAACGCGUGCUAUCAGCUUGGUGUGCUAAACCGAUUGACCGGCUGUGCGAAACUGCAUUUGUGCGUGAUGGCAGCAGCGACCCCAAGGAAGAGGCGAGGUCCAAAGUAUUGUUGUGUUGUGGGCUGCUAUAACACUGCUGACAACAUCAGGGCACGCGGUCUACCUAUAAAGCUGUAUCGGUUCCCGGGCAAGUCGUACGAAAAAGAAAGGCGAGAAACGUGGAUCACCGCAGUAAGGAGAAUUAAUCCCGAUGGAACUCCUUGGUUGCCGAAAGACCAUACACGAAUUUGCAGCACUCAUUUUCAAGGCAACCGCAAAAGUGACAUUCGUGAACAUCCAGCCUACAUCCCCACAAUCUUUCCAUCUGUGUACAGACAAAAGGCACGUGACCAGCAAAAGGCACAAAGGUUGGAGAGAUGCUUUCAGCAGAAUUUCAGCAACGAAUCUCUGCAAGCACUCACAGCCUGUCCCUCAUACAACAGCACUCCAAAGGAACACGCGAUAUGCCAAACAGAAGAAUGUGUAGCUCCAGGAAAACUGUCCAUAUUUCUGUCAGUGACAAAUGGCUCUGAGGCGUCCACUCAAGUUGCGCAUCCAGAAAUGAAUCACAAGGUUGCAAUCACAGAUGAAAAUUGGAAACAAAGCUGGAUUUCAUGGAUUUCAGUAUAUAAGAAGAGGAAGAGCUGCAGCAAGAACUGUGUGGUGUGACAUUGCAAUUCUUCUGCCUCAUUUUGAACUUACUGCCUCUGCUAAAGAUACAGCCAUGGUGGGAUAUCAAGGGAAGGCAAACUGUGCUUGGCCCUGGCCAAGCUGCAGCUUUGGAUAACAUACAGUGCCUUGUGAGCAAUAUUUGCUCUUACAGCCCCAACAUGCAUCUGAUGUGUUUAGGAAAACACUUCAUAAUCUAAUCAUUGCCCUGAAAGACCGGGUCUCCAUGACCCUCCUGAACAUAAUGAAGCUUUGUUUUUACAAGGAAGGAAACAGUGCAUAAAUGGGACGGUGCGACAGAAGCACACAAUGACAAUGCCCAUCCUUGUGUGCGUCCUUCGCUCUGUCCCAUGGAUGGGAUAUUUCGUCUUCCUUAUACAGCAUGUUCCAACUAGCCCGCCUUUCACUGCUAGUUAAAGAGGUCUUAAAAUGUUUUUAAAAACAUUUCAACAUUGUGUGUGUUCGGAAUCCUGGCCAUUUAUUCUAUGCUAUGCCUCGACUCGUUUCAUCGUUCGGGUUUAUUUAAUAGCUAUCAAAGCACAAUUUUGAUUCCCUGCUCAUGUUCCCCUCAACUGAAUAACUGAUGUCACUUUAACUCGGCCAAUGAGAAGUAUCUGGAAUCGAAAAAAAUUGGUGAUGCAGUGAUGUUUGCUGAGCCACAGUUGACCGAGCUUCGUGGCAUCAUACCGUUCAGAUUGCGGUAUGGUUAGGCCAUCUCGGAACGUUGUUUGAACUUUGAUGAGUUGUGCAAGACUGUCUGACGACACACAUGGCCAGUAUAGCAAGUACUAAGCCACCCACAACUUGCUGUAAACACGACCUAACACAACCAAUAAAGAAAAAACAGUGAGACGCUGUACUGAGCUAGCGAA